UUGGUUCUGUGGCUAAGAAAUGAAUCCGUUAACUAAUAUAAAAAACGUCACAAAAUUAAGUGAAUAUGAACUACAAAAUGGUAGUGGGAAAAGUUGGCAUGAUAUGUAUCGCGACUCUGCAUGGAUAUUUGUCGGUGGCUUCUCAUAUGCAUUGACAGAGGGUGAUAUUAUCUGCGUCUUUUCCCAGUACGGCGAAAUAGUAAACAUAAACUUGGUACGAGACAUAAAGACCGGUAAAUCUAAAGGUUUUUGCUUUUUGUGCUAUGAGGAUCAAAGGUCAACUGUCUUGGCGGUUGACAACCUAAAUGGAAUCAAAAUAAUGGGUCGAACAAUGCGAGUGGACCAUGUGGCUGACUAUAAGCCCCCCAAGGAUAACGCUAAACUUGAUGAGGAAACGUUGCGGCUCUAUAUGGAAGGAUGUGCGCCAAAGCCUCUGACAAAGCCGUCACAUGACAGUGAUAAGAAAAACCAUUUGGAUCAUAAGAUUAAGAAGUAAAUAAAAAACCAUAUUUUAGCUAUUAG